GACCCCCACGGUGGCGGAGAACGGGACGGUGGCCCUGUCCUGCACCAGUUCUCCCAGUAACCCCCCAGUCCAGCUGCGCUGGUGGCUGGGGGGGCGGGAACUGACCCCCACCGACGUCACCCGCACCCAGGCGGAGGGGCGUGGCUGGGUGACGGUGUCCAACGUCACGCUGGGGGGGCGGCGCCAGGAGCACGGGCGCCCCCUGGUGUGCGAGGCCGCCGCCCCCGGGCUGGGCGCGCGCAGCGCCACCCUGGUCCUCAGCGUCACCCACCCCCCCCAGCAGCUCUGGCUGGAGCCCCGCCCCCCAACUCCACCUUCCGGGUGGGGCAGCGCCUGCGCCUCGCCUGCCACGCCCGGGGGGGGCACCCGCCCCCCCGCCUGGUCUGGACCAAGGACGGCCGCCCGCUGAAGGAGGGCACCCAGGUGUGGGGGGGGGCGGUGGUGACGCGGGAGCUGGAGGUGACGGUGACCCCCAGCGACAACGGGGCCGCCUACGGCUGCCACCCCGCCGGGGACCCCCGCGGGCCCCCCCCCGGCGCCCGCACGCGCCUCCGCGUCCUCUUCCCGCCCGCGUCGGUGACCAUCACGGCCUCGCCCCGCGAGCCCCGCCCCGGCCACACCCUGACGCUCACCUGCCUGGCCGCCACCGCCCACCCCGCCCCCGACCUGCGCUGGCACCACCAGGGCCGCAUGCUGGCGGGGGAGCGGCUGCCCCCCAGCGCGGGCGCCUUCGGGGGGGUCUCGGCCGCCUCCCGCCUCCGCCUGCCCCUCGGCCCCGGGGACCAAGGCCAGCGCGUCACCUGCCACGCCCUCAGCCCCACCCUGGGCGUGGCGGUCAGCGCCGACCACCGCCUCGUCCUGCGGCAUGCCCCCCAGUUCUCGGCAGGGGCGGGGGCACUGGUGGUGGCGCGGGAGCACGGGGGGGCGCGGCUGCCCCUCACCGUCCUCGCCCACCCCCCCGUGGAGAGCUGCGCCUGGAGCCUGGCCGGCCGCCCCCUCCUGCCCGAGGGGUCCCCCCGUCACCGCCCGCUGGAGGGGGGGGGCCUGGACAUCGCCAACGUCACCCGGGGGGACGCCGGCACCUAUAGGGUGGAGUGCCGCAACGCCGAGGGGGCGGCCAGCACCCACCUCCGCCUCCGCGUACACUACCCCCCGGCCAUCGUGCGGGUGCCGGACCCCGUGGUGGUGGACGAGGGCGGCGCCGCGGAGCUGCUGUGCGAGGCCGAAGGCAGCCCCCUGCCCCCCGGCUGCCUCACCUGGGGACGCCUCGUACGGGGGACAUCGGGGGACGGGGGGACGCUGGGGGGACACUGGGGGCGCGGGGACAUUGGGGACGUGGGGGGGCGUCGGGGGGGUCGGGGGGCGUCGGGCGUCCCCCCGGAGCUGCGCCCCGAGGGCGGGGUCCCCGUGGGGCGCCUGCGGGUGCUGGGGGCGCGGCGGGAGCUGGGGGGGCCCUACGAGUGUCGCGUGGACACCGGGGUGGCCCCCCCCGCCCGCGCCAUCGUCCGCCUGGUGGUGCGCUAUGGCCCCGAGCUGGAGGCGGAGUCGGAGGCGGAGCCGGUGCCGGUGCUGGUGCCGGAUGGGGCGGACACGGCUCAGCUGCGGUGCCGCGCCCAGGGCGUGCCCGGGGUGCAGCUGCGCUGGGAGCACCGGGGCCACCCGCUGCGCCCCGAAGAGACCAGGUUCCAGGAGCACCAGUGGCACGAGGGUCCCUGGACCAGCAGCCUCCUCACCGUGGCCAACAUCAGCCAGGAUCGGGCCCGCCUCCGUGACCAGUACCACCACCGCGACUGGGACCAGUACAAGAACCGACACCGGCACCAGUACCUCAACUGGCACCAGGACCAGAACUGGGACUGGGACCAGAACCAAACCCUCGGCGCCUUCGUCUGCGUCGCCCAGAACCCGCUGGGCACCGUCCGGCGUCGCUUCCAGCUCCGGCUCGCCGAUCGCCCGGACCCCCCCCAAAACCUGCGGGUGUCGGGGGUCACCCCCACCUCCCUCCACCUGGCCUGGAGCCCCGGAUUCGAUGGGGGGCUGCCCCAGAGCUUCCUCGUCAGCGCGAGAGGCCCCGGCGCCCCGCCCCCCGCCGCCACCCUGCUCGUGCCCGGCUCCACCCUGACGCUGGGGGGGCUCCGCCCUGCCACGCCCUAUGACGUCACCGUGAGGGCGCGCAACGACCGCGGGGACAGCGCCGCUGCCGUCAUCAGAGCCGUCACUUCCGAGCUGCCCGAUGAUUCGCUGGGUGAGGGGGAGGAGCCGGCCACGCCCCCUGCAGCAGGCUUUGCGUUUCCCCCCGCCCUGGCGGGGGCCCUGAGCGCCCUGGGGGGGCUCCUGCUCCUGGGUCACGCCGCCCUGUGGGGGGCGCUGUGGCGGCGACGUCACAUCCGGGGGGCGGAGCCGGGAGUUCGGCGGGGGGACCCGGCCAUCGGCGUCAAGGCGGGGUCGCCCAACGAGUACGGUCACGUGACCGCCGCGCCCGAAAGCUUGGAGCUGAGCUCUACGGGGUCGUGGGUGACCCCCAGCGACCCCCACCCAUGGGACCCUGUUGUGGGAGAAUUCCACCCCUACGAGGACGUGGCCGAGUGGGGGGGCUACGAGGAGCUGACCCCCCCGGAUCUUCGCUUCACCGCCCAAGGGGAGCUGGUGUGAAAGGAGGGCGUGGCGUGGCCCAUCAACAAGCCACGCCCCUCCGGACAUGCCCCCUCCAACAAGCCACGCCCCUCCAACAAAGCCCCCACCCCCCCACCCUAAUAAACCCCGCCCCCUCGGCGGGGGAGGAGCUUAA